AACCCUCACAGAGCAAAAGAGGAUCUUCAAAACCUGAGAGGAUAUGGACGCGUACCAGCAACAGCCUCACCGGUACAUGCGACCUCCACCGCCGCAACCUCCUCAGCCGCCGCCCACGAUGGAUCCUCACCACCAGUACCACCAUCAGUACGCUCAACCACCGCGAGCACCGACUCCUCAACCCUCAUAUUAUCCAAACCAGUUCCAAUACCAGCACCACCAAUCUCACUCUUCUCCAUCGCCGCCUCCUCCUCCUCCUCCUCCUCCUCCUCCCCCAGCACCAUCCCAGUGGGGUCCACCACCUCCCACUGUACCUUAUCCCGGGCAUCCCCAUGGAGCUGCCGCAGGCAAUCACUUUCCUCCCCAUCCUCCUCGUCCUCACUUGCCUCCCCCUCAGAUUCCUCAUUCUUACCCUCAGGUCAAUCAGGAAUGGAGCAACCCAAAUUGGUCUUAUCACCAUGGUUGGGAUUACUCAGCACAUAACAAUGUAGAGGACUGGGGUGCAAAGGCUAGAGAGUGGGCAAAUGCUAGGGCUGCAAUGCAGGAACAGCAGCAACCACAAUCUCAGUUUACAUCAGUGGGCAGACCCGAAGACCAAAACCGUUUUCAUGAUCAAUAUCAACAGGCUGUUGAUACCCAUUACCAAGAUGGUCAACAACAAUCACUUCCAACAUUGAAUUAUCAGCAGUUUCCUGCUCCAGCUGCAUCUGCUCAUGGGCCACCCAUGAUGUAUCCUCAGGAGAGUUUCUCUGGCAACUUGGCACCAUCAUAUAAUAUUGCUGACGGACAUCAAAAUUACCAAGUCAAGGAAGGAGCUUCAGCUGUGGAUUCAAAUACUGGAUUUCUUCAUCAAGAAAGUUUACCUACCACUUCAUCCAUUCAUCAGCAGGAGGUACCUUCUAGUUAUUCUUCUGUUUCAGAGAAAGAAGAUUCAUCAGUUUCAUCUGCUCAGCAGUUACAACAAUUGCAAAUGUCAGUACCUGCUGCUGGUAGAUCAGGCACAAUUGAACCAUCAUUCAUGUAUGGAAGUCAGGCAGUUGAUCCUGCAGCUGAUCUUAGUGAUCGACCUUUAGAUUUUGCACCUAGGUUUAAUGAACAGGAUCCGCACAUUCACUCCAGCUUCACUGCUCAUCAUGAGUCAGUGGGAGUUGGUAGAGGCAUCGACCCUGUUACAGCAGUACCUUCUAUUAAUGCUUGGACCCCUCCUGUUGCACCUCCUGUAGUUUAUCCUCCAAUUCCUCCAGUCCUCCCAUUGGGAGCACAGCAUGAUCCUUCUAUGGCUUUGCCUUCUCUAUCUGGGCAUUCUGCUCCGCCAUUUGGAAGGUUUCCUGGACCAAAUUUCCAGCCAACUAUACCAACAGCCAGUGCAUCUUUUGAUCUGGGCACUGGAGCUCCUCUUCAUCCUUCUGCAGCCUUUCCUGGGGAUACAUAUGGAAGUGUUUCUGAACGUCCUAAGAAGGCUCCUGUGCCCAAUUGGCUUAAAGAGGAAAUCAUUAAGAACAAAGCUGCUAUAGCUAAGUCUUCUUUAGAGCAUCCUAAAGAGGAAACACAAUUCAUUGAAGAUGAAAGUUUUGAUAAAUCUUUUGGUAAGGGUGAUCAAGCAGAUAGCAAAAGUGUUGAUUCUUCUAGGUCAACUGAAGAAGAGGAUGAUGAUGAGGAUUAUGUGGAAGCAGCUAGAACUGCAGCAGUAAACCAGGAAAUAAAACGAGUUCUAACUGAAGUCCUUUUAAAGGUUACAGAUGAGUUAUUUGAUGAAAUUGCAACAAAAGUUCUAAGUGAAGAUGACCUUACAGUCGAAGUCAACCACAAUAAUUUGAAUUCAAGACCAUCUCCCUUAGCCGUGCCAGCUGCCAAGGCUUCUGCAAGGGUUGUGGUUCCAGGUAAAGGCAAGGAAUCUGAUGGUGUUGGUCUCAGUGAAAAAUCUAAUUCAAGCUCCCCUGGCGAUGUUCUGGGUCUUGCAAACUAUGCUUCUGAUGACGACAACGACGAUGACGAUGCUGAAGAAACUCAAAGUUCCAUACCAGAGUCUAGGAAUAAUUCUAUUCUUCAGCCAUCCAGCAUUAAAAGGCUUUCAGAAAACAUGCUUGAUGCAGCUGAAAAUGGCAAUUCACAUGUAGAACCCAAUGAACAUUUUAGAUCUGAAAAGAAUUUGGGAAGUGAUCUGAUCCAGCCAAAAGAGAACAAGAAUACUGCUGUUGCUGGAUUGGGUGAAAAUGGGGCAGGUAGGGUGCAUGAACAUCCAUAUUCUUCCAGGAUGGUUUCCAGGAAUGAAAUUAAUGCUAACAGUGAAAAACCAUGGGAUGGAAGUAAUGGUUCUCAAGUGAAUGAUACUUUAGGAGAAAAGGCUAUGGCCACAUCUGAGCCGCCUGAAAAGGAUAUGGGUAAAAAAUCUAGAAAAGAUGAUUCUCAAGGUAGGGAAUCUGGACUAAAAUCAGAGAAGGAUGAUCGUCAUGAAAAUAGUAAGAGUUCUGGAAAGGACCCUGGUAGGGAAGUAGAGAUCGGCAGGGUUAGGGAAGAUGAGAAGGGAGAUGAGAAUCGUCGGAGACAGGAUGAAAGGCAUCUAAGGAAGGAAAAGGCAGAUGACCGCAAUGGCUUGAAAGAGCAUGGUGUGAAGACUGGGAAUAAAGCCAAGGAAUCUGAAUCACAAAGGCGAUCCAACCAUCUUGAUACCAAGGAUGAAAAGAAACAUGCAGAGAGAUCCCAUAGAGGCACGAAAGAAGAGGUUGACAGAAAAAGAGAACAAACAAAAGAGGAUGAUAGGGCAAGACAUAAACUUGGAAGUGACUCAAGCAGGCACAAAAGAAGAAGAUCUUCAUCCCCAAGCAGUAGAGGCAGAAGCAGCAAGGACAACUCUGGUAGUCAUGCCAAUGACUCAAGUGAUGAAGUAUCAGAUGAUUCAAAGAGGAAGUUGCAUACAAGAAAGCGUAACUCAUCACCGUCACCUGUCAGGUCCAGGAGAAGGUACUUGUAUCAGUUCAUCACUUUUCCUCCUAUCUCCAAUUUAGAAGCCUGGAAGAUCUCAUUUUUAGAUUGUUUGACUUCUAGUGUAGUUUGAGUCUUGGCAGGUUUGAUUGUCAAAUUUUAAGUCUUUCUGGAAAUCUCUCAUCACAGUUCAUGGCUUUAGAACCCUGUAAACAGUUUGGUUUGUUAUGCUGAGAUAUCAUUGUCAUAAUUGAAGUUAAAAUAAGGUCUUCCAUUUAGUCUCAUUCUUAUGACCAUUGCCAAUGAGUAGGUUCCUAUACAAUUCUUAAGGAAGAAGGUGGACCAGCUUCUGUAACACUCGGUAGUACAAUAUAGCUUUCAUGUGUUUUAUUAUGUCCCACAGACUUUGUUUUGAAGUGGUUAAUGAUUUUACUUAAUUAAUUAAUGAAUUUUGCAAUGAUGCAAUGAUUCCUUUUGAUGAUUAAUUAUUUUGGCCAAUAAUUUUUGAGGUUUUGGUGGAUGUCACCAUGAGAUAAUUUUCUGUUGUGUUGAAAUGGAUUCCUGUUCUGUCAAAAGAUAUAUACUGAGUAUAGUGGUCACAUCCUUGUUCUUUCCUUUUUCUGACUCUUUAGAUGUAAAGCAUGCAUCAUUUUGCAUUAUCUUCUUUUUAUCAAUGAAGAAUGAUGCUGCAAUGCAAAUUUUCCCAUCGGAGUGAAGAAAUUCUUUAUUGAACUUGAAGUCUCAGUCUUGUGGUAUCUCUUUCCUUGUAUUCUUUCUCAUUGUUAUUAACAUUCCUUUUAACUGUAGUUAGUGUUAACUUUGCUAAGAAUUAUAUAACAUUUGGUAAACUAGUGAUCCUGCUGUUUGUUGACAGCAAUUGACUUUUCAGUUGCGUGCUUGACCCAGGUGAAACUAGAGCUUCUUUUUUCCAGUUUUAGUUUUGGAGUUGAAACAAGAUACAGUAAAACUGGGUCUAUCUAUUGUUGACUGCAGUUAGUUUUAAGGAUUUGGCUCUAUGCUCUCUCUUAUGUUUGUGAUACUUGACAGUGUUUAACAAUAGAUCUUUAUGCCAUUA